CUUUUUUGCCAUCCCAAAGUGCAUCGAGGCUUCAUCCUUCUGAAUACUUGCAGGGUUUUGCAGGUUUUUUAUAUGGCUUCUUCUUCUUCUUCUUCUUCUAAUCCCCCUCCACAAAAGUACGAUGUGUUUAUAAGUUUCAGAGGUGCAGAUACCCGGGACACUUUUACCAGCCAUCUCAAAGCUGCUUUAGGUCGCAAGAAAAUUGAGACCUACAUGGAUGACAAACUUGGGAUGGGGGACAAAAUUGGACCUGCCCUCUUGCAAGCGAUCGAGAAAUCAAAGGUUUCGUUAAUCGUUUUCUCGAAAAACUAUGCUUUUUCCACGUGGUGUUUGGAUGAACUUGCGCACAUAUCGGAAUGCAAAAAAAGAUACGGACAAAUUGUCAUACCCAUUUUUUACGGCAUAGAUCCAUCACAGGUACGGAAACAACAGGAUAGUUAUGCAGUUGCAUUUGCUCAACUUGAAGAACGUUUCGAGGACAACAUGGACAAAGUGCUCAUGUGGAGAAAUGCCUUGAAGGAAGCAGCCGAUAUGUCUGGCUUCGAUAAUUCAAAAAGAACAGGGACGGAGGCUGAUUUGAUUGAGAAAAUUGCCGAAGAUGUUUUGACCAAACUGAAUCGUGCAUCGUCAAGUGAUUUAAAGGACCUGGAUCAAUUUUAUUUAAGGAAAAUUGAGGAAAUUGAAUCGUUAUUAUGCCUUAAUUCACCAGAUGUUUGCACUGUAUGCAUUUAUGUAGGCAUUUGGGGCAAGAGUUGGCUGACCACCCUUGGGGAUGUUUUGUUUCACCGGCUGUCUUGUCAAUUUGAAGCUACUUGUUACCUUGCAGAUGUUAAGGGGGUGUCAAAAAGUCAUGGACAGAAGCACUUGAGAAAUCUACUUCUUCGUCAUAUAUUAAAGGAAAAAGAUCUAAGUAUCGACACUAAAAAUGUAUCGCCGUUUAUUCAAGAAAGGCUCAGCCGUACAAAGGUCCUCAUUGUUCUUGAUGAUGUGAAUGAUUCAAGCCAGAGAGAAUAUCAAGCAUGUGCUGGUCGUCUUAAGUUUGGCCCUGGAAGUAGAAUCAUUAUAACAACUAGAGAUAGGAGUCUACAUAAGAAAACUGUUCAUCAUGAUAAGAUUUACAAGUUCGGUCAUAAGAACGGAUUGAUUUCAUGGGCAUUGAAGAUUGGUGUUCCCGUUAGAGAUAUAGCUGCAGCCUUACCCGAACUCUACGUACCCCAGUGGGCGAGUGACCAACCAGCUCAACCCAGCCACUCUGCUGGCCAAUUGUAAUCUUCCUCACUUUGUUCACAAUUUGACAUGCAUCUCUCAUUUACAAAUUAAUUAAUAUCUCUUCACACCACCUCCAUCCUGCAGCCUUAACCGCGCUAUAACCACUUGCAGGCAUAUAAUAUCACCACUACCAUCAAUUAUCACAAAGCAGGAAGUUGCUUCGCAAAUAUGAUGUUAAGCAAGUGGCUUAGUAUUAUAUGAGUGCAUAGAAAUAUUAAAAUUACAAUUAUUUAAUUGAGUGGUUAAAUGGUUUUAUAUUCAAGCGAAUUUUUGUAGGGACAAUCU